AUGUCUGGCCAACCACUCACCGUCACCACAGCGCGUCUCACGCCUAAAAAGCGCAGAAACGAGGACACCAACUCUGAUGCGCAGAAAAUCGAACGCCUUGAAGCCAAGGUCCGCGGCUUGGAGCGGAAGAUCGUCAAGUUGGAGUGGGAGAGUGCCGAGCGCAAACAGGUUGCUCCUGUAACAACGACGGAUCUUGACUUGAACGAAAGGGUCCGUAAACAUUACGAAUACUUGGGCGAACAGAAGCAGCUCUUUUGGGAUUUGGAAGCCGGUUUCAAUAGGAGCAGGAACCCAGAUGUUGCCAAGGCCUUGAUUGGCUUUAUUGAGCAGCUUCCGGAUGAGAUCCGAAAGCCUUCGUGGACCCCACGCGUGAAGCGCGACGAGCGCCAAGCAGCAUUCUAUGUGGCUGGCGCAGUGAUACCCAGCCAUUUUCCUGGUGCGGAGGUGCUGCUGCAGACUGGUCUGAUGUCUGAUGAAGAAGACAUCAUCGAGGGCAGCUGCCUCGUUGGGAGAAGGGUGCUUCGCCCUAUUUGGAGGAGCGACAAGGCCAAUGCGUUCCUCGAUGAGCUGUCGGCGUUUGCUCAGCAAAGAAAGAAGAGCAAGCGCCUUGGGCGGGCACCCCUGCCAAAGGAGUACGUGGCAGCCGAAGUAUCUCCUAGACCAGCUCUUUGGGCAAUGCUGCCACAAGAAGCAAAAAAACAAUAA